GAUGACGACGAUGACGACGGUUGUCGCCUCUUGCGAAGCUGCGAGAGGCGCCUUGCGUUUCGUCAAGAAGUGGGGUCCCCGCGUCGCGGUGCGGGGGCCCGGCUACUGCUCCCAGUGCGAGAGCGAUCUGGGAAGGGGACCUCGGCUGGAGCCACGGGCGGCAUCAGCAGCAGCAGGAGACCCGGCACGGCGCGCCGCAACGCGCGAGAACGCAACCGCGUGGCGCUGGUAAACAGAGGCUUCGCCGCGCUGCGAGACCGCGUCCCCGCUGCCCUGGGUCCCAGCGCCGGGUCAUCGGGGCCGACUCGGCUCAGCAAGGUGGAGACACUCCGAGCCGCCGCCGAAUACAUCCGCGCUCUCCAGCGUCUGCUGAUGCUCUCCGAGUCGCCCCGUUAUUAUCCAGAGGUCACCGCCAGCCCCGACAACACCACCACCACCAGCGCCGCCGCCUCCUCCCCGUCCACCGUCGCCUUCUCCACGACGAGCCGCGCUGGCAGUGGAGCAGCCGAGCCCUGCCAUCUGGCCAGCUGGUUUGGCUUGGACGCCAAGUACCAUCCGUUGUUCGGCACGCACGAGCAGUCGCACGAAGCCUCUCCAGCUUGGACGGGCCACGAGUUCUGGACGGGAGCGGGGCACGCGGAGAGCGCGGGAGGCUCCUUUCUUCAAACCUCCCAGGAGCCGGGUCUGGGCUGGGCACCGGCAGAGCAGCCCCGUUACGUUGGGCACGGGGCAGUUCCCGCGCCCCCGCUCCCCACGGACACUUGGGGAAGCCAGCGCACGUUCGGACUUUCAUUAUCGUCGGCUUCGUCUUCCUACUCGUACUGAGGGCACGGGUUCCGCGGCGCGAGGUUCCUCCGUCGUCUCUGACCUCGCGCUUCCGUGCGGCGUAACAAGGCGCCGAGGCGUCGGAUCUCUAACGCCGGUCACCUUCCUCUCGCUGCGAGGGAUGGUGACUCCCCCCACCCCACCCCCA